UCUAACUGGUGCCUUGAAGAAAAUAAAAGAUCUCGAAAGUGUCUUAAUGACAACCGAUGGCCUCAUAUUGACAAGACAGCUGGUUGCCUUGCAGAGGGCAGGCCUUGACGGUCUGAACAUCAGCUUAGACACCCUGCAGUCCCAACGCUACAACCAGAUCACGAGGAGGAAAGGCUGGGAGCGUGUCAUGGCUGGCAUAGAUCUAGCCUUGCAACUUGAAUACGACCCUGUGAAGAUAAAUUGUGUUGUAAUGCGAGGUUUUAAUGAAGAUGAAGUGUGCAGUUUUGUGGAGUUAACAAAAGAGAAAAAUGUUGAUGUAAGAUUUAUCGAGUACAUGCCUUCCAGCGGCAACAAAUGGAAUGAUGGGAAGAUGGUCUCAUUUAGUGAAAUGCUCCAAAUAAUUAGAAAGCAGUGGCCUGAUUUUGAUCCUCUUCCCAAUGGGCCCAAUGAUACCUCAAAGGCAUACCAUGUCCCAGGCUUCAAGGGACGUGUGGGAUUUAUUACCUCAAUGAGUGAACACUUCUGUGGCACGUGCAACCGUUUACCGAUAACAGCUGAUGGCAAUUUGAAGGUGUGUCUCUUUGGGAAUUCAGAGAUAUCUCUCAGAGAUGCAAUACGAAGCAAAUGCAGUGAGGAUGACUUGCUUGCCAUGAUUGGGGCAGCAGUGAGAAGAAAGAAGAAACAACAUGCAGGCAUGAUGAACCUGUCAAAGAUGAAGAAUCGGCCAAUGAUUCUUAUUGGAGGAUAACAAAUGUGCGUGGCCGCGCACUAGCGCGCCACAAGCGUGACGCAGUUCGCCGCCGGACGCGAGCCGAGGAGGGUCC